AUGGCCGAGAGCGGCGACUCCCCGGAGGCGGCGGCCCGGUCCCGGUCCCCCCCUCCGCCUCCUCCUCCUCCGCCGCCUCCGCGCCUGGAGAAGCCCCUGCGGCAGGCCUUCUGCACGGCGGGGGCGCUGGUGCUGGCGGGGCUGGGGCUGGGGGCGGCCGUGCUGGUGUACCUCAUCCUGGAGGCCUUCCUGCGGCCGCUGCUGUGGGCCGCGCUGCUCGGCACCGUCCUGCACCCCGCCAAGACCGCCCUCGCCGCCCGCGCCCGCGCCCGCCUCGCCCGCCUCCGACGCGCCCGCGCCCCGCUCCUGCCCGCCGCCCUCCUCCUCCUGCCCCUCGCCGCCGCAGACGCCGCCGCCCGCGCCCUCGCCCGCCUCAUAUGGACCCUGAUUGCAGGCUACCUGCUGACUGUAUUAUUCAAGUGGAAUCCAAGCACCGAACGUUACUUGAGAACAAUCUCUGUUCCCGUCUGGAUUUUAUUGCUCUUCCAUUUGGCUUCUGCAGCAGGCUCUUGGAGAAUUCCAGUAUUUCUGGUUAUAGUGGUCUUGAUGACGAUAGGAAUGGUUCAUGAACAGCCAUGUGGGAAAGGUUCUUCAGGGGCAGAACUUCCUGGCCGGAUGCUUUCCAUUGCUGCAACUACGAUUGCCAUGGCGAUAUCAGUUACAGGAUGUGACUCAAGUACUGAAGAGAAUCCCUCGCAGCCCUCAGGAACCACAGACAGUGGCGAUCCUGCUUCGUCGGCUUCAUCCCCUUCUCCAUCCACCGUCAAUGGCAGACAGAGACCUGAGAUUGGAUCUCUCCUUAGAAAGAAGAAGACCAGUGACAUCUAUUUCGUGCUGCUUAUGUGGGCUAUUGUGAUAGUCCAGAUCUGGUCAAAUCUCUGGAUAAUUCAGUUGCUGCCAAUUCCUGUUGCAGUUUGGAUUGUCAAAUACCUGGUGGUCCACUUUGGAGUGGUGAAAUUCCUGGUGAGUCACUGCAGCAGCUGGUGGUAUGCCCUCGAAGACUUUGUGAGGGAGCGCCAAGAGGCACUCGCACCUCGGCCGAUCAAGGGCCUUGGGAGAGUCAUUCUCAAACUCGACAGUAAGAUGAUGGUGUGGCUGGAGAAAAUGCUAGAUAAAAUCAUUAGCAUUCUUAUUAUAUUUGUGCUUGUGAUCGGAACCCUCCUGCUUGCCCUUCUUCUCACUGCCAAGGUGCAUCAAGAAAGCGUGCAUAUGAUUGAAGUCACCAGCAGCUUGAUCAAUGAAACCAUAGCUAAUCACCCAGAAUGGGCCAAUUUGCUUCCUGAAGCUCAGGUUGUUCAGAAGGCACUGAAUUCAGCUGCCAAUAACGUCUAUCAAUAUGGUCGAGAAUGGAUAACGCACAAGCUCCAUAAAAUAUUAGGAGAAAAAGUGAACAACACUGCUGUGAUUGAGAAGCAAGUUCUGGCACUCUGGGACAGACUGUACCACUCUUGGUUUGUGAAAAAUGUGACACAUUCAGGAAGACACAAAGGUCACAAGCAGCCUGUGGGCCGUCAGAACAGCUGGCCAGGGGAACUGCUGGAUUGGCAAGAUAUUGCCUCCUUUGUUCAUGAAAACAUUGAGACGUUUCUUUCGAUCCUUGAAUCCCUCUGGAUAGUGAUGAGUCAUAACGUGAGCCUCCUGUUUACCACGGUUACAACUUUAGUAACUGUCCUGUUCUACAGCGGCACUGCUCUUCUCAAUUUUGUCCUUUCACUGGUUAUUUUCCUGACCACUCUCUUCUACCUCUUAAGCUCCAGUGACGAAUACUACAAGCCGGUGAAGUGGGUGAUCAACCUGACCCCCUUGUCGCAGCCUGGCCCUUCAUCCAACAUAGUGGGACAGUCAGUAGAAGAGGCCAUCAGAGGUGUAUUUGAUGCGUCCCUCAAAAUGGCUGGGUUUUAUGGACUGUACACCUGGCUGACUCACACCAUCUUUGGAAUUAACAUUGUCUUCAUUCCCUCAGCGCUGGCAGCACUGCUUGGAGUUGUCCCCUUUUUGGGAACAUAUUGGGCAGCCGUACCUGCAGUUCUAGACCUCUGGCUUGUACAAGGAGAAGGAUGCAAAGCUCUGCUCCUCUUGGUGUGCCAUCUGUUGCCAACGUAUUUCGUAGACACAGCAAUUUAUUCUGAUAUAUCAGGAGGCGGACAUCCAUACCUGACUGGUCUUGCUGUAGCUGGUGGAGCGUACUACCUAGGUCUAGAAGGAGCCAUCAUCGGACCCAUCCUUCUCUGCAUUCUGGUGGUUGCCUCUAACAUCUACAGCGCCAUGCUUGUAAGCCCAACAACCUCAUUGCCCACCCCACCACAAAUGUCUUGGCCUUUGCAAAUAUACAGGCAAUCAAGAGAGACUCCCGAAGAACUGAAAAUUGCCACAGAGUGACAGAUGCAGCAUUUCUUCU